AAUCAACUCUUCGUCCUCAUCCUCUUCCUUCUAUCCUCGUCAUUAUAAGUAUCCCUCACACUCCAACACAAAAAAAAUAUAAAAAUAAAAAUAAAAGUAAAAUAAUAAUAAUAAAUAAAUAAACUUUGUUUCUUCUUUUCUCUGUCGUCCCUUCGUUUCGUUCCCUCCAUCUUUCAUCUCUGUGUUGCAAGCUGCGACAACAAGUAAACAAGGCAUAAUAUAUAGUUGUUAUUAUUAUUACAUACAUAUAUUAUUAUGGGUUUUCUUGACAAACUUUGGGACGAAACGUUGGCGGGUCCCACACCGGAAACGGGUCUGGGCAAGCUCCGAAAGUAUAACUCCUUCCCCGCCGGUGGCGCCGCCGCCCGCUCAGCGCCGCCGCCCGACGUGCCGAUUAGUCGCAGCAUCACCAUUGUUCGAGCACCUUGCGGUCUCGGAACAACCGGUUCUGCUUCUUCUUCUGCGCCUACCACCCCUAAAACUCCGGAGACGCCAGGUGGUGAUUUCAAGAAGUUCACGAGGAGAAAAUCAACGGCGGAGAGUGCCGAGAAUAGAAGUCCGACAAUCUACGAUUGGUUCUCGAAUUUUUGUUUUUAUUUGUUUUUAGUUUCCACGCCUGUUGAGGAUCGCACACAUAACAUGCCCGUUUUUUCUUUUUCUUUUUUUUCUUUUGUGUCUAACUUUUCUUUUUGUUUCAUGGUUUGGUCGCAGGGUGAUUAUGAGUUCUAUGGAUCGCUGUUAAGAGGGGGAAAUGAGAUGUUUUGCUUUCAAAUUUCAAUAUCAUUCGGCAGAGGCAGAGGGAUUUACGUUUUCUGUAUAUACGCCAACAGAUAUUCCUAUUUCCAAAAGGAAUAAUCAUAUCAUAAUGCAUGCAACCUUAUUAUUAUUAUAUAUAUGCUAUAUGGUAACUACCAAUAAAAUGGCUCAGGUGAUAUUGCUGCGUCUUUCAGCAGAUUCAGCCAACGCUUCAUGGGAUUCUGGGGAUAUAUAUGUAACAUAGUAGAAAGCCCGAUUCUGUAUAUAUUUGUAAAUAUGGUUUUAUUUUUCUUUCUUUCACUCUUUGGCUCUUGUAAAUAUAUCAAUUAUGUACCCUCAAAUCUCUAUCUGUAGAAUUCAAUGAAGCUUGCUAAUUAGAGUCUAUUUUGGUAUAA